GACCUUAGAAACACAGUAUAUUUCACCGGAAUCUCUGAAAAGCGCCACGCCGCCUUCGUCGGCGGCGUAGCUUGCCCUCUUACGGAUUCGUAUUACUGCAGAACACGUGGACGAAUCAACAACAUUUAAUACAAGCCUUACAAAAUGAAGUCACCAGCAGGAGCAAAGAAUGGGAUUGAUCACGCUGAUGAUGAAGCUGAACCACAAGAACUCACAUAUGAUGAACUUGUUGCUCGUGUCUCACCCAUAGCAAAUCCUUUGGCCUCAAGGAAACUCACGAAAAAAUUGUACAAAGUCAUCAAAAAAGCUAGUAAAGUCAAGAUGGUCAGACGUGGGGUAAAAGAAGUUCAAAAGUUUCUACGUAAGGGAGAGAAAGGGUUCGUGGUAUUUGCUGGAGACGUAACACCCAUUGAAGUUAUGUGUCAUUUGCCUGCUGUCUGCGAAGACCUGGACAUGCCCUAUGCCUAUGUACCUUCAAAAUCUGACUUGGGGGCUUCGAGCGGGGCAAAGAGGGCGACAUGCUGCAUCCUGGUGAAGAAGCACGCAGACUACGAAGACAGCUACAAGGAAUGCCAUAAUCUAGUGAAGGCUCUACCCCCUCCAAUCUGAGAAGAGAAGACAUUCUGUUAUUAUAGAGGACUCGACAGAUAAAACAAUCAAGAAAUCAGACUCAUUCCGAGCUGAUCUCAUUGAGAUCAAAUUCGUGGAAUCAUGAUGGGAUACCAUUGAAGCAUAGUCUGAUCUUUUGAGAGAAAUCAGAAAAGUAGCAAAAUGGAAAGGAUGUAUUUAUAUUUUCAUGGUCAUUAAACUGGACUCCAUCAUUCCUGUUCCAUUCACGACCCCAUUGCAUAAAAGUUACUAUUAUGAUUACUUUACCAUCCAGUUGUAACUACCAUGGU